AAACAAAGAAAAUGUUUAAACGUUUGAAUUUAAAUAAUUUGCAAGUUAUUGUCGCCACAACUCGUCGCAACAGUAAUGAUAAAAACCUGGGCGAAGAAAAGUUUCGAAUUGAGACGGAUACCAUGGGUGAAGUAAAGGUGGCUUGUAAUAAAUAUUAUGGCGCGCAAACUGUGCGCUCAAAAAAGAAUUUUCCUAUAGGUGGUAAAACUGAACGCAUGCCGAAGCCGAUUGUAAUAGCGAUGGGUAUUCUGAAGAAGGCCGCUGCGGAGGUGAACAAAGAAUUUGGCUUAGAGGCUAAGAUAAGCGACGCUAUAUCAAAGGCAGCCGAUGAGGUGAUAUCAGGUGAAUUAUACGAUAAGGGUCAUUUUCCUUUGGUAAUAUGGCAGACGGGUUCAGGCACGCAGACCAAUAUGAAUUGCAAUGAAGUUAUUAGCAAUCGCGCUAUAGAAAUAAUGGGCGGCGAAAUGGGCUCUAAGAACCCAGUACAUCCUAAUGAUCAUGUUAAUAAAGGACAAAGCUCAAAUGAUACCUUUCCAACGGCUGUACAUAUAAGUGUCGGUAUGGAAUUAAACAAAAACCUAAUACCGUCUCUUACCGAACUUGCGAAAGAUCUUGAAGACAAAGAGAAGGAGUUUGCUGAUAUUAUAAAAAGAAGCACUCAUUUAAUGGAUGCCGUGCCGUUAACUAUGGGCCAACAAUUUAGUGGUUAUAGACAGCAAUUAUGCAACGGUUUGGCUCGAAUUAAUGCUUGCUUGCCGCAUGUUUAUGAGUUAGCUCUAGGCGGGACUGCUGUAGGAACUGGUUUAAAUACUCGAAAGGGUUUUGCCGAGAAAGCUGCAGCUCGUAUAAGUGAACUUACCUCUUUACCAUUUAAAACAGCUCCUAAUUUCUUUGAAGCUCUUGCCGCUCGUGACGCCAUGGUCGAAGUUCAUGGUGUUCUUAAUACUAUAGCUGUUAGCCUUAUGAAAAUCGCUAAUGACAUUCGCUUUUUGGGUUCGGGUCCUCGCUGCGGCUUAGGUGAGCUAAUGCUACCUGAAAAUGAGCCUGGCAGUUCUAUUAUGCCGGGCAAAGUUAAUCCCACUCAAUGUGAAUCUUUAACCAUGAUUUGCGCACAAGUUAUGGGCAAUCAUGUAGCUGUUACCGUAGGUGGUUCAAAUGGACAUUUCGAAUUGAACGUUUUUAAGCCAGUUAUUGUGUCGAAUGUUUUGCGUUCUAUACGUUUACUCUCUGAUGGAUGUCGUGCCUUCAACAAGAACUGCUUGAAAGGCAUUAAAGCUAAUAAAGAAAGAAUUGAAAAACUAAUGAAAGACUCCUUAAUGCUUGUCACAGCCCUGAAUCCU